AUGAGGUGCCGGGAAUAUGACAUGAGGCUUAGCUGUGCUUGGGACGGUGCGGAGGAGAAGAUCCUCGCUGCUUGGAGCAUUGAUGAACUCCCGGAGGGAGCUGUGAAGCCUCCAGCAAAUAAAUACCCCAUCUUCUUUUUUGGGACCCAUGAAACUGCGUUCCUGGGGCCCAAAGACCUUUUCCCAUAUAAAGAAUAUAAAGAUAAGUUUGGGAAGUCGAACAAACGAAAAGGAUUUAAUGAAGGCCUGUGGGAAAUAGAAAACAACCCUGGAGUAAAGUUUACUGGAUAUCAGGCAAUUCAGCAACAGAGCUCAUCAGAAACUGAGGGAGAAGGAGGAAAUACAGCAGAUGCCAGCAGUGAGGAGGAAGGUGAUCGGGUAGAAGAGGAUGGAAAAGGCAAAAGAAAGAAUGAAAAAGCAGGCUCAAAACGAAAAAAAUCCUACACUUCAAAGAAAUCCUCCAAGCAGUCACGGAAAUCUCCUGGAGAUGAAGAUGAUAAGGACUGCAAAGAGGAAGAAAAUAAGAGCAGCUCUGAUGCUGGAGACGCAGGCAAUGACACAAGAAACACUUCUUCAGAUUUGCAGAAAACCAGUGAAGGGACUUAACCAACAUAAUGACUGCUGAGUAUUAAGGGAAAACACAAGAAGGUUACAUGUUUGGUUGUCUAAUAUUCUUGGAUUUGAUAUGAGUCACCACAUCUGUUCAUUAGUAUCAUCAACAGCAUCCCAGUUUGUAUGCACAUUAUUCACAUUCCUAUCUGUUGUGUUUGCAGAAAUGACAUUUUACCCUUUUUUCUAAGGGUUACUUUUUGAUUUUCAUAUUAUUUGGUUGCAUGAAGUUGCCCUUUACCAGUGGCUGAGGUAUAUGAAGAUAUUGCAUACUUGAACAUGUUUUAGAUUCCUUUUCUAAAUAGAAAAGGUGUAACUCCAAAUUAAAUCAUCCUAAAUGAGCGUUUUUUAAAAACAAGUAAAUCAUAGAAGCAAGUCCCCUACAUGCAAUGCUACAAGAAUAUUUUCCACCUACAAACAUAGCUUUUAAAUUGCCCUAUAUCCAUUCUUUCUUAUUUUUUAAAGUUUACAACAUGACAGAAAAAAAUCCUCUUCAGUUGAGAUCAUUGCAAAGUUCAAUAAUGUAAUAAAAUACCUUUCCUUAGUAGAAGUACCUAGCUAGUUAUACUCUUAAUACUUCUCAAAAUCAUGAUGUAAUGUACACUCUCUGACUUAGUUCCUAUAUGUGGAGUUAGUGAAAGUCUUUUUGUGUUUCUUUAGAUUAAUACAAGGAUUUUUUCCAAUGCCAACACAAUUUGAGAUCAUUCAUUUGGAUGCUUUCCAUUUUUAAGCUUACUGUGAUAUAGAACCCUAUGGGAAACCAAAAGAAAACAUCAAUUUUAAAUAAUGAAAGGCUUAAAAAAGGAUGCUGUCAUUCUAGCUUUUUUUUCCUUUUGGAAAUAGAACUAGACUAGUAAGUAAGCAUUCCAAAUCCAUUAUUCUGUGUACAUUAUUGUUGCUAUUGUGAUAAUAGAGAUUUUUAUUUAUUUUUAUGCCAGCUUUUAUUGUGAAAACAUAUUUAGUCUGGUUUUAUCAAUCCUUGUUAUGCUUGUCCUUGGAACAUCUUUUGCGUAUUCAAGGUUUGUAGUUGACGAGUUUACUGUAAAAAACU